UCACCCAGUUCCACAGGAACUCGGUGGUCCCAGCAGCAGUGUUCUUGGCAGCCAAGGUGGAGGAGCAGCCUCGUAAGCUGGAGCAUGUUAUCAAGGUAGCACAUGCCUGUCUGCAUCCCCAGGAAAAUCCUCUAGACACCAAGAGCGAGGUAAGUGUCGAGAUCGGAGAACUGGGCUCUGAUGUGAGGAGCGGAGGCACAAGGAAUGGGAAUGGCGGAAGCGUGCUGCAUCCUGAAUUGCGUGGCUACAGCAUCUUGUUCAGUCGGGUUCCGCAGUACCUGCUCUCUAAGUGAGCGGCUGUGUCCUAGGAUGGUCAGUGACAGCUUUCCAAUUCAACUGCUCUUACGCUACCGAGAGCUUUUUGGCUUCUGUACAGCAGAAGGCUUUUCUUUCCUGCUCUGUGGCGACCUCUCUUCUGUUCUCCUCUGCUGUGCUGCUGCAAAUGUGAUUCAGGCGUGCUGUGUAACGGUGUCUGCGUGAAAAGCUUCUGAGGAGGGCAUGGAUGUUGGCUGCUGCGAUUGAGUAGUGUCUGUGGCGGAGAAGGUGGUGUGCGCAGUUUGGUUCUGUUCUGUCCCCACAUGUUUAACGGUGGGUUUAUUAAAAACAUUGCUGAUUCCCCAUCUCUCGAGACAGCCCGUCUUACCUGGAACUGAGCAGCCAACCCUGCUGAAAAGGGGCAGCUUUAUCCAGGAAAGCUUAAGGAAAAAAAAAAAAAAAAGGCAAAAGCAGCUAAUUCCUCUCCUGUACUGCUCGUAUAGCCAUCCCGUGCAGUGCGAGGGACCAGGACUGAGAGGGCCACUGUGGAUCCCGAAGCAACCCUCCCCUAGCAGAAGCACUAGCAGGGGAGCGGGUCCACCCCAGCACUCUGCUUUCUCUUUUCUGGCAGGGAAUCUGUGCCAGUUCCCCCCAGUGCAGAUCGGCAUAAAGAUUCCCCUUUGCUAUUUUUGCCUCCCUGAGAAAAGGGUGUUAGAAAUGUGCAGGCUUUAUACGGAGUGCCUCAUCAUGAGUAACUUGCCUGUCCUCUCAACCCCAGGCUUACCUGCAACAAGCCCAAGACCUGGUCAUUCUAGAGAGCAUAAUACUGCAGACCCUGGGUAAGUUUUUCAAAGCGGACGGGCUGCCACACGAAUCUCAGACCCAGGAGUUGUUCCGCAGAGCGGAGAGCCUAACCGCACAGUCUUCUCCACAGCUGGAGGGCAGAUGUACAGCUGGCCAGUGGGAGAGCAAGAGUCCAGGCAACAAACUAUUUUUCACACCCGCUCCUUCUGUUUCCCUUUUAACAUCAGUUUUUUCAGGUGUAACUUGUGUCAGGAUCAAUGCUUAGAGAAAUUGAAGCGUGGAAGUGUGGCUCGUCUCUUUUUUUUUUUUUUUUUCUUUUCAUUUUUUUUUUUUUCCUCCCCCCCUCCCACAACAGGUUUUGUACCGCUUGGACACCGGUCGCUGUCCUUUGUUGUGCUGUUGAACUUGAUAAUGCUCUAGUCCUGUGGCUAGGCAACAGUUUGCACUGAGAGAUGUCUUAAAACCUGGGUUGAAAGUUUAAUAUUUUGAUCAGAUAGCUGAACAUGGGGAAAAAAAAAACAAACCCAAAACCCAGCAAGUUUUUGGGUUUUUUUUGAAAGUAGAAGCUGGAGCCUACAUUUAGGGCUGUGGCCAUUGGAUCCGGUAUCCUGUUCCUUUCUAAAAUGUACUGUUAAAACUUGAUUUUGCUAACACAUGUUCCAUUUCAGAGUCAGUUUGUAGAUAGCGGUUCACUCCAAACUACUCGGUAGGCCUUUGUCAUUUCGGAAUUGGUUCAGAGCAAACGCCCCAGUCCCUCGCUCCCAAGGGGACAGGAGGGGCAGGUGUGUCGAUGGCUCGCACGUGCUGGCCUGGCAAGCCAGUGGCUAAACUGUCACCCCAGUUCUGCAGCGACUCAGUCCUCCAGUUGCCUUUUUUAACGUCCCAGUUCUUCUAGAAUGUUCUGCAUUGGGAAGAACCAAAUCUGUUGCACACAUGGACCGAUUUGAAAGUGGUUUUGAGAUCACUAUUGACCACCCCCAUACCCACGUGGUGAAGUGCACACAGCUAGUGCGAGCCAGCAAGGACUUGGCGCAAACAUCCUAUUUCAUGGCUACCAACAGCCUGCACCUGACCACCUUCAGCUUGCAGUACACCCCUCCCGUUGUGGCCUGCGUCUGUAUCCACCUGGCUUGUAAGUGGUCCAACUGGGAGAUCCCAGUCUCUACGGACGGGAAGCACUGGUGGGAAUACGUUGAUGGCACUGUAACUCUGGAGCUCUUAGAUGAACUGACUCAUGAAUUCCUGCAGAUCCUUGAGAAAACUCCCAACCGGCUUAAACGUAUCCGGAACUGGCGGGCCUCUCAAGCAGCCGGCAAGUCAAAGGCUGACGACCACGGUGAAGAUGAGAGCCUGUCGGAGCAGACUAUCCUCAACAUGAUUUCCAGGAACAAUAGUUCGGACAUGAACAUUGCUGGGUUAAUGAGCAUGUCAACAUCCUCAACCGCCGGAGCGGGGCCGGCUCUGCCAGCCGCAGCGGACUCGCCCAGUGAGCAGAGCGGUGCGGAUAUAACCCAGCCUGAGCACUGGUUGUCCCAGCACCCUCCACCCAAGCUGGAGCCUGGCCAGAGUCACAGGACUAACGAAAGCUCCUCGGCUGCUGAGCAUCCUUUACAGCAGGAUGGCGCUGGCUAUCAGAAGCAGAGCGGCAAGAACGCCCCGUCAGCCAAAGUGUCGCUCAAGGAGUACCGGGCCAAGCACGCCGAGGAGCUGGCGGCGCAGAAGCGGCAGCUGGAGAACAUGGAGGCCAACGUGCGCUCCCAGUAUGCCUACGCCGCGCAGAAUCUCCUGGUCCAGCAGCAGCGGGAGAGGGAAGUCCAGCAGGACAGCAACCCCUCUCCGAUCAUCCUGAAAAUUCCCAUCGGCGGCUCAGAAAACCCCGAGCGCCCUCCCGGCCCUGAAAAGAGUGACAAAGCUUCGGCUCUGAAGCUGAGGAUCCCGGUGGCAGGUGGAGGUGGGGAGAGACCCCUCCCUUCCAAGCAGGAGGAGAUAAAAAUGCGGAUCAAAGUGCCAACUGCCGCAGACAGGCACGGCUCCUCGGACGAGAGCAGCGGCAAGAACCGCGAGCACAAGGAGAAACACAAGGGCCACUCUUCGAACCACCACCACCACCACCACAACCACCACUCUCACAAACACUUACACCCCCAGCUUGGCGCCGGGCCCAGCAACAUGGCGAACAAGCGGCCGGGAGACUCUAAACACAGCAGCAGCCAGCCUAGCGCCGUGCCCCACAAAACCUACGGUCCCCUCGCCUCUUCCCGCAAGAGGCCACUGCCGGAGGAGGGGGCGGCCGCGGCCGCAGCCCACGAGCACCAGCCCAAAGUCAGCAAAGUCUCCAAAGGCCCCGGCAUGCCGUUCCCUUACCCCCACCUCCCCGGGGCGGCCCACCUGCCAGGGCACGGUUCAGAUUUGGGCAACCUUCCCUUACCCCAAGCUAACAAAGCUCGGGGAAGCCACAAAUUGGACAAGGGGCCCACGGGGGCCAACGGGCACAACGCCAACCAGGCCAGUGACUACCAGGAUACAGUCAAUAUGCUGCACUCGCUGUUGAGCGCUCAGGGCAUGCAGCCCACCCAGCCCCCCGCCUUUGACUUCCACUCUUACGGCGAGCUCUUGAACCCCCGGGCUUCCACCAGCUCCAGAGCCACCGCCAACACGGACAAGCCCCGACCACCCCCCCUCCCCUCAGAACCGCCCCCCCCUCUCCCCCCUCUCCCCAAGUAAAACAUCUUUCUACUACUGAGUUUGAGCAAAGCCCCUCCUCUCUCUCCCCCACCCCCCCACCCCCUCCCACCCCCUCCAAGCUCAACCUGGGCUGCCCCUGCGGGUGCAUGAAAGGGCUUGUUCAAUCUCCACUGCCUCACGAAGAACUAUUUUAUUUUAAUAUAACUUUUAUUAUUGAUAUUUAGAGCGCGGAGUUGUUGAAGCUGUGAAAGGAUAAGAAACCCUUUCUCUGUUCCUUGCUCCCCCUCCCCCCCCCCCCCCC